CUGAUGACUAUAUGUCAUCAUUCUGUUUUGUAUCCUAACCACCUAUAUAAUUGUCCCAGGUCCUGUGAGCAUCUUCCAGCCCUCGUCCUCUUUCAUCAUUGCUGAUAUGAAGAGUCUUCGUCUGGAGAUCCAGUUGGCUCCAGUCAUGCAGUUGUAUAUUGUUGCCAGACCUGAAGAGAAAGGAAAGAUGAGCGGUCUAUGUGGAAACUAUAAUGAUGUCCAAUUAGAUGACUUCAAAAUAGAGUCGGGCAUCACAGAGGGCACACAAAUACCCUUUGUCAACUUUUGGAAAAACCAAAACAGUUGUCCAAAUCUUGAAAACACAUUUGACAACCCUUGUAGUCUGCAAUUAGAGAUAGAGAAAAUGGCUCAAAACUGGUGUUCCCGUCUCACAAACCAAACUGGAAUAUUUUCUGCAUGUCAUUCAGAAAUAUCUCCUGACAUUUACUACCAAUGGUGUGUCUAUGACACCUGCAAAUGUACAGAUAUUAAGAGAUGUAUGUGUGCUGCCGUGUCCAACUAUGCCCACGCCUGUGCUGCCAGAGGAAUCAUUCUCCGGGGCUGGAUAGAAUUAUCCCCCUUGACUAAGUGUACAGGCAAUAUGAAGUAUUCCUACAACGUGACCAGCUGUGGCAGCACAUGCCGCUCUCUUAGUGGACAAGAUAGCACCUGCCAAAGGUCCUUCACACCUGUAUUUGGGUGUGUCUGUCCUGAAGACACCUACCUCAAUGAUGAAAGGAACUGUGUGCCUGCUGAACAGUGUCCUUGUUACAGUGGCAACCGGUUCAUAGAGCCAUCAGGCAAAAUCUACAAUAAUGGUGUUAAAUGCACUUGUAACCUUGGCAAAUUACACUGCUCCAGCCAAGUAGACUGUGAAGGUCCAAUGGUCUUCUUCAACUGCUCAAAUUAUGAACAAGGACACAUAGGGACAGAAUGUCAGAGGACAUGUGAGAAACAAGACCCGAAAAAUUGUGUGAGUACUGGGUGUGUAUCAGGGUGUGUGUGUCCAGAUCACCUUCUAGCUGGAAGAGAUGGGUGUGUGGAGAGGGCAAACUGCACCUGUGUCCACAAUGGAAUAGACUAUUUACCUGGAGUUCAAGUUCAAGAGGACUGUAACACCUGCACAUGCACAAAUGGGAUGUGGAAUUGUACUAACAAGGUGUGCUAUGGCACCUGUACCAUCUACGGUGAAGGACAUUUCAGGACUUUUGAUGGCAAGAGAUACUCCCUUUACAGAGAAUGCGAACACACCAUAGCCCGUGAUAACUGCAAUAUGAACCAGACUCUGUCCUUCAGCCUUGUCACACAGAACAAACUAUGUGAGACCACCAACACCAUCUGCAAGUCUAUCAGUCUCAAAUUUGGGAGAUAUGAGAUACUUUUAUCAGAGGAUGGAGUCAAAGUUGUUGAGAGCAAUAGCACUGAUCACCAAUAUAAGAUCCAUUUUGCUGGGAUAUAUAUUGUCACAGAGAUCAAAGAUCUUUUGAACUUAAUCUGGGACAAUAAAACAAGUUUGAUACUCCAACUCCAUCCAAAAUUUAAGGGCACAGUGUGUGGACUGUGUGGAAACUUUGAUGGUAAUGCAAACAAUGAAUUUAUGAAGCACAAUGGCGAAGUGGUGACGGAUCCAAAAGAUUUUGGAAAUAGCUGGAAAGCGAAUCCCGACUGCCCAGAUUUGACAAACAUGAUAGACUUUUGUAAAGAAAAUCUACAUCGGAAUGUCUGGGCUGAAAAACGAUGCAACAUCAUAAGAAGUGAUGUCUUUAAAAAUUGCCAUGCACUUGUGGAUUCUGGUCCAUACUAUGAAGACUGUGUAAGUGACACCUGUACAUGUGACACUGGUGGUGACUGUGAUUGUUUCUGUACUGCAGUAGCAGCUUACGCUGCUGAAUGUCGUAAAAUGGGGGUUUGCGUGAAAUGGCGGAGCCCAAGCAUUUGCCCUUUAUUCUGUGACUUCUACAACCCUGAUGAAACAACAUGUGAGUGGCAUUAUAAAGCCUGUGAAUCUGCCUGCCUGAAAACCUGCAAAAACCCCUCAGGAAAUUGCUCUGAUCAAAUUCCUUUGCUUGAAGGAUGUUUUCCUAAGUGCCCUUCAGAAACUCCAUAUUUAUCGGAUGAAACCAUGACUUGUGUUCGAAUAUGUAACUGUACCGAUAACAAUAUUCAAUUCCCUCCUGGAUUAACUGUGCACCCCUCAUAUGAGAACGGAACAUGCGUUGAAUACUUCCACUGCCAGCUCCACGACUCCUACAGUGCCUACCACCACUACCACUGUGACACCGCCAUCUACGACAACAGAGACUUCCACUGCCAGCUCUACAACUACUACGGUGACGCCUACGACUCCUACAGUGCCUACCACCACUACCACUGUGACACCGCCAUCUACGACAACAGAGACUUCCACUGCCAGCUCUCCAACUGCUACGGUGACAGCCACGACUCCUACAGUGCCUACCACCACUACCACGUGCCUACCACCACUACCAGUGUGACACCGCCAUCUACGACAAAAGAGACUUCUACUGCCAGCUCUACGACUAUGACUCCUACAGUGCCUAGCACAACUACCACUGUGACACCGCCAUCUACGACAGCAGAGACUUCCACUGCCAGCUCCACGACUCCUACAGUGCCUACCACCACUAUCACUGUGACACCGCCAUCUACGACAACAGAGACUUCCACUGCCAGCUCUACAACUACUACGGUGACGCCUACGACUCCUACAGGGCCUACCACCACUACCACUGUGACACCGCCAUCUACGACAACAGAGACUUCUACUGCCAGCUCUACGACUACGACUCCUACAGUGCCUACCACCACUACCACUGUGACACCGCCAUCUACAACUACAGAGACUUCCACUGCCAGCUCCACGACUCCUACAGUGCCUACCACCACUACCACUGUGACACCGUCAUCUACGACAACAGAGACUUCCACUGCCAGCUCUACAACUACUACGGUGACGCCUAUGACUCCUACAGUGCCUAGCACCACUACCACUGUGACACCGCCAUCUACGACAACAGAGACUUCCACUGCCAGCUCUCCAACUGCUACGGUGACAGUCACGACUCCUACAGUGCCUACCACCACUACCACGGUGACACCGCCAUCUACGACAACAGAGACUUCUACUGCCAGCUCUACGACAUGGACUCCUACAGUGCCUACCACCACUACCAGUGUGACACCGCCAUCUACGACAACAGAGACUUCUACUGCCAGCUCUACGACUACGACUCCUACAGUGCCUACCACCACUACCAGUGUGACACCGCCAUCUACGACAACUACAGAGACUUCCACUGCCAGCUCCACGACUCCUACAGUGCCUACCACCACUACCACUGUGACACCGCCAUCUACGACAACAGAGACUUCCACUGCCAUCUCUACAACUACUACGGUGACACCUACGACUCCUACAGUGCCUAGCACCACUACCACUGUGACACCGCCAUCUACGACAACAGAGACUUCUACUGCCAGCUCUACGACUACGACUCCUACAGUGCCUACCACCACUACCAGUGUGACACCGCCAUCUACGACAACUACAGAGACUUCCACUGCCAGCUCCACGACUCCUACAGUGCCUACCACCACUACCACUGUGACACCGCCAUCUACGACAACAGAGACUUCCACUGCCAGCUCUACGACUACCACUCCUACAGUGCCUACCACCACUACCACUACUUCCACUGCCAGCUCUACAACUACUACGGUGACGCCUACGACUCCUACAGGGCCUACCACCACUACCACUGUGACACCGCCAUCUACGACAACAGAGACUUCCACUGCCAGCUCUACGACUACGACUCCUACAGUGCCUAGCACCACUACCACUGUGACACCGCCAUCUACGACAACAGAGACUUCCACUGCCAGCUCUACAACUACUACGGUGACGCCUACAACUCCUACAGUGCCUAGCACCACUACCACUGUGACACCGCCGUCUACGACAACAGAGACAUCCACUGCCAUCUCUACGACUACCACUCCUACAGUGCCUACCACCACUACCACUACUUCCACUGCCAGCUCUACGACUACGACUCCUACAGUGCCUACCACCACUACCACUGUGACACCGCCAUCUACGACAACAGAGACUUCCACUGCCAGCUCUACAACUACUACGGUGACGCCUAAGACUCCUACAGUGCCUAGCACCACUACCACUGUGACACCGCCAUCUACGACAACAGAGACAUCCACUGCCAGCUCUACGACUACCACUCCUACAGUGCCUACCACCACUACCACUGUGACACCGCCAUCUACAAUUACAAAGACUUCCACUGCCAGCUCCACUACUCCUACAGUGCCUACCACCACUACCACUGUGACACCGCCAUCUACGACAAUAGAGACUUCCACUGCCAGCUCUACAACUACUACGGUGAUGCCUACGACUCCUACAGUGCCUAGCACCACUAACACUGUGACACCGCCAUCUACGACAACAGAGACUUCCACUGCCAGCUCUACAACUACUACAGUGACGCCUACGACUCCUACAGUGCCUAGCACCACUACCACUGUGACACCGCCAUCUACGACAACAGAGACUUCUACUGCCAGCUCCACGACUCCUACAGUGCCUACCACCACUAUCACUGUGACACCACCAUCUACGACAACAGAGACUUCCACUGCCAGCUCUACAACUACUACGAGAGACUUCCACUGCCAGCUCUACGACUCCUACAGUGCCUACAACCACUACCACUGUGACACCGCCAUCUACGACAACAGAGACUUCCACUGCCAGCUCUACGACUACGACACCUACAGUGCCUACCACCACUACCACUGUGACACCACCAUCUACGACAACAGAGACUUCCACUGCCAGCUCUACAACUACUACAGUGACGCCUACGACUCCUACAGUGCCUACCACCACAACCACUGUGACACCACCAUCUACGACAAUAGAGACUUCCACUGCCAGCUCUAUGACUACCACUCCUACAAGACUUCCACUGCCAGCUCUACAACUCCUACAGUGCCUACCACCACUACCACUGUGACACCGCCAUCUACGACAACAGAGACUUCCACUGCCAGCUCUACAACUACUACGGUGACACCUACGACUCCUACAGUGCCUACCACCACUAUCACUGUGACACCGCCAUCUACGACAACAGAGGCUUCCACUGCCAGUUCUACAACUACUACAGUGACGCCUACGACUCCUACAGUGCCUAGCACCACUACCACUGUGACACCGCCAUCUACGACAACAGAGACUUCCACUGCCAGCUCCACGACUCCUACAGUGCCUACCACCACUAUCACUGUGACACCGCCAUCUACGACAACAGAGACUUCCACUGCCAGCUCUACAACUACUACGGUGACGCCUACGACGCCUACAGGGCCUACCACCACUACCACUGUGACACCGCCAUCUACAACUACAGAGACUUCCACUGCCAGCUCUACGACUCCUACAGAGCCUACCACCACUACCACUGUGACACCGCCAUCUACGACAACAGAGACUUCCACUGCCAGCUCUACGACUACGACUCCUACAGUGCCUACCACCACUACCACUGUGACACUGCCAUCUACGACAACAGAGACUUCCACUGCCAGCUCUACAACUACUACGGUGACGCCUACGACUCCUACAGUGCCCAGCACCACUACCACUGUGACACCACCAUCUACGACAACAGAGACUUCUACUGCCAGCUCUACGACUACGACUCCUACAGUGCCUACCACCACUACCAGUGUGACACCGCCAUCUACGACAACUACAGAGACUUCCACUGCCAUCUCCACGACUCCUACAGUGCCUACCACCACUACCACUGUGACACCGCCAUCUACGACAACAGAGACUUCCACUGCCAGCUCUACGACUACCACUCCUACAGUGCCUACCACCACUACCACUGUGACACCGCUAUCUACAAUUACAGAGACUUCCACUACCAACUCUACAACUACUACGGUGACGCCUACGACUCCUACAGUGCCUACCACCACUACCACUGUGACACCGCCAUCUACGACAACAGAGACUUCCACUGCCAGCUCUACAACUACUACGGUGACGCCUACGACUCCUACAGUGCCUAGCACCACUAACACUGUGACACCGCCAUCUACGACAACAGAGACUUCCACUGCCAGCUCUACAACUACUACAGUGACGCCUACGACUCCUACAGUGCCUAGCACCACUACCACUGUGACACCGCCAUCUACGACAACAGAGACUUCCACUGCCAGCUCCACGACUCCUACAGUGCCUACCACCACUAUCACUGUGACACCGCCAUCUACGACAACAGAGACUUCCACUGCGAGCUCUACAACUACUACGGUGACGCCUACGACUCCUACAGGGCCUACCACCACUACCACUGUGACACCGCCAUCUACAACUACAGAGACUUCCACUGCCAGCUCUACGACUCCUACAGUGCCUACCACCACUACCACUGUGACACCGCCAUCUACGACAACAGAGACUUCCACUGCCAGCUCUACGACUAGGACUCCUACAACUUCCACUGCCAGCUCUACGACUAGGACUCCUACAGUGCCUACCACCACUACCACUGUGACACCGCCAUCUACGACAACAGAGACUUCCACUGCCAGCUCUACGACUACCACUCCUACAGUGCCUACCACCACUACCACUGUGACACCGCCAUCUACAAUUACAGAGACUUCCACUACUUCCACUGCCAGCUCUAAAACUACUACGGUGACUCCUACGACUCCUACAGUGCCUACCACCACUAACACUGUGACACCGCCAUCUACGACAACAGAGACUCCUACUGUGCCUACCACUACUACCACUGUGACACCGCCAUCUACGACAACAGAGAGUUCCACUGCCAGCUCUACGACUACGACUCCUACAGUGCCUACCACCACUACCACUGUGACACCGCCAUCUACGACAACAGAGACUUCCACUGCCAGCUCUACAACUACUACUGUGACGCCUACGACUCCUACAGUGCCUACCACCACUACCACUGUGACACCGCCAUCUACGACAACAGAGACUUCCACUGCCAGCUCUACCACUACUACAGUGACGACCACGACUCCUACAGUGCCUAGCACCACUAGCACUGUGACACCAUCAUCUACUACUACAGAGACUUCCACUGCCAGCCCUAUGACUCCUACAGUGCCUACCACCACUACCACUGUGACACCGCCAUCUACAACAACAGAGACUUCAACUCACAGCUCUACAACUACUACGGUGACGCCUACAACUCCUACAGUGCCUACCACCACUACGACUGUGACACCGCCAUCUACGACAACAGAGACUUCCACUGCCAGCUCUACAACUACUACUGUGACGCCUACGACUCCUACAGUGCCUACCACCACUACCACUGUGACACCGCCAUCUACGACAACAGAGACUUCCACUGCCAGCUCUACCACUACUACAGUGACGACCACGACUCCUACAGUGCCUAGCACCACUAGCACUGUGACACCAUCAUCUACUACUACAGAGACUUCCACUGCCAGCCCUAUGACUCCUACAGUGCCUACCACCACUACCACUGUGACACCCCCAUCUACAACAAGGUUCAUUGUGCACACGGGGCCCCCUCUUAGUUCCAUAACACCUGGAUCCCAGCACAACAAAACAACAACACCAUCCUUUACUACAACUCCCAAAUGUUUCUGCAAAUACAAUAAUGUUAUUUAUGCAGCAGUAUCCUGGUCGUCUCUGAGAACUGUUACGAAGCUCAGAUAUUUCAAGAUCGAUACAGGCAUGGUCAGUUAG